AUGGUGAUCCCAUAUUGGGCAUUUGCUAUGUGGGCAAUUUGAACCCUGACCAUUUGAAAACUUUUGUUUUGGCUCCUUUGUUUGUGUACCUGGUCAUAGGCACUACCUUCCUAAUGGCCGGUUUUGUCUCCCUCUUCCGCAUACGUUCGGUAAUUAAGCAACAAGGCGGCGUGGGUGCUGGCGUUAAGGCGGACAAACUGGAAAAGCUAAUGAUACGCAUAGGCAUCUUCUCGGUGCUAUAUACCGUCCCGGCUACCAUAGUCAUUGGCUGUUAUCUUUACGAGGCGGCCUAUUUCGAGGAUUGGAUCAAAGCCUUGGCCUGUCCUUGUGCUCAAAUCAAGGGUCCCGGCAAAAAACCGUUGUAUUCAGUUUUAAUGUUAAAAUACUUUAUGGCUUUGGCGGUGGGCAUAACAUCCGGCGUAUGGAUAUGGUCGGGUAAAACUUUAGAAAGUUGGCGCCGCUUUUGGCGACGUCUCUUUGGCCAGCCCGAUCGUACCGGGGCCAAUCAGGCGCUCAUCAAACAAAGGCCACCCAUACCACAUCCAUAUGCCGGCUCUGGCAUGGGCAUGCCGGUAGGUUCCGCUGCCGGAUCUCUACUGGCUACCCCCUAUACCCAAGCGGGAGGAGCUUCGGUGGCUUCCACUAGCCACCACCAUUUGCAUCAUCAUGUUUUGAAACAGCCUGCUGCCAGUCAUGUAUGACAUGGAGAGUCAGGCGGAGCUUCAACGAUGGGCGGUGGUGGCGGCGGCGGCAGUACAAUUGGCGGUGGCAGUGUGCUAGGUGGUCAUGGUACUCUCAUGAGCACAGCAGGCAAUAGUACGGUUGGCGGCAGUGGUAUGCACGGUGUUGGGGCUCCUCCUGGCAGUAUAAUGCAUGGUGGCGGCGGUGGUGUUAGUGGUGGUGGCGGUAAUGGUGGCAUGAAUACUCCUGGUAAUGUUUAUGGUAAUGGAGGUGGUGGCGGUGGUGGGGGUAAUGGUGGCAAUCAAGUGGCCCCCGGUUCUAUGGUAGACUCACGCGCUGUUUCAGUAGUAGUUUCACUGCCGGGCGGGCCUGGUGCCCAGCAUCCGGGUCAGGCAUUAAGUGAUUAUGGUCCUAUAUAGUUAAUGGUACGACCUGAUACAAAUCAUUGGGUAUCCACAAGUAGUUUUAGUCAAUUGUAAAGAGUUUAUUUCCCACUUUUGCAAGGAAAUAAAGGGGGGAAUAGAGAUUAAACUAGGGUUCGUUUAAGGGUUAAAUUUUUUAUAUAUUUUAGAAGUUUUAAAAAGUUUUUAAUAGUUUUUUUCAUUUAAACUCUACUCUUAGAGUGAAAUUGAGAAAGAGAACCUUAGUGAGACCAAGAACUCUUUUACUUUUGCCUAUAAAUAUUUGAGGUAAUGACUUAUGUAAAAAAAAAAAACAAAAACAAUUUCUUGCUGUUUUCUUAACUCCUUAAAAAUUUAAAUAAAAACAAAAAAAUAACAGGAAUUUUGAAACAGCGGCCAUAUUAAAAAUCUAGUAAAGUAAUUUUUAAUUAUUAUUUUUCAUUCUUUUUCAUUUAAAUACUAUAGAAAACAAAGCUAUUUAACUAAUAAUAUAUUAAAAACAUAAAAAAAAUAUAUAUAAAAUAAAAAUCUAGUCCACAUUUUUCCAUAAUAAAAUUUAAGAAAAACUACUGAAAAGAUAUAAAGAACAUAAAACGAAAAGCACAAUAUCUAUAAUAAUUAAAAAAGAAAAAAAAGUUUAUUUAAAAUAAACUACAAAGCUAAACUACUUUUUUGUGUUAAUUUUUAUAAUAAUUUUUAAUAAUUUUCUUAAAUAGACUGACUUUAUAAAUAACAAAAUAAGAAAAUCUUACAAAAAAAAUAUAUAAACUACAAAAUGGAAACAGUGUUAAAAUAAACAUAAAACACAGAAAAUGGGAGUAAAUGUUUAAGGAACAGAAA